UUUUGCUAUGUAGUAGACAAGGUCAAAGUGUUGCAGUUAUGAGGUCAAGGUAGUUAGUAUUCAUUACAGAUGGCUCAAUUGUAUAGCAAUUAUACGGUAUUAGGGUCAGCAAGCCAACAACAAUACUCUUCACAUCUCAUUGUUCAAUGUCCAAAUUGCACUUCACGUUUCUAUUUGUCUCCUGCAACUUUCACCUAUCCACAGAGAUGGCCACAAAAUUUCAUAUACCCACAAGGGUCAUACUUCCAGUACAUUCAACCAUUUAUUCGUCAUCCUACUCCACAAACUGCCAUGCAAUCAGCUUUUCAUCCACCGAAUCCUUCUAGUUGUUAUGUAUUUGGUGUAAAUCAAAAUCAAAAAGUGACAGAUAGUACCAAUAAUACUAAACAGUAUGUUUCACAGCAUGCUGUAGGCAUGAGUGAUAUGCUCGUUCGUCGGAUACGUGAUAUUCUUAUCGAUAUCUUAAACUCAGAUAUAUGCAAGUAUGGUGUUACCAUUUGUCAGCUAAUGGUUUUGUUGAAACAGUCAUGUGCAAAUUGUAGCAUAAUAUUGCUGCCAUCGAUAACGGAUGACUUCAAGGGAUUUUUACGUUACGAAAUGACCGAUUAUGUUGAGAUUGAAGAUGACCUGUGUCGUUAUCGCCGUGCAACGCUUUCAAUUCAAGAAGAAAAUAUUCCAAGCUCAUCAGUUUGUGAAAGGACAUCCGAUCGCUCUAAAACAUGCCCUGCUACUUUAGCAUUGCAAAAGUGCUGUAUGACGACAACUACUGCUACAAAUGGAAGUUAUUCAACAAAGAAAGAGGAAAAACUUAUAUCAGAAAAGGAAGAAGUAAAGGAAAGCACUGUGUGUAAGAGUGCAGAAGAGUCUUCAUAUAACUUCAUUAAAUUCUGUAACGAUAAGAGCAAACAAUUUUUUGCUAGAAAAGAAGAACACCGUAGAAAUGAUGGUGCUGAUAAAAGGCCUGUGGCCGUUCCUAUAGUUCUUGCUGAAGACAAAAAAUGUAAUAUACCGCAGGUCAGAAGUGAUGCAAUAUCGGAGUAUUCAUAUAUGAGGAGCGAUCUAAGUAAAAUUAUGGAACAAUGGGAAGAAAUAUUUACCGGUGACUUGAAAGAAUUGAUUAGAUAUUUACAGAUGGUAGAUGAUUACUUUAAAGAAAACGAUGGCAAAUUUACUUUAUCAGGAUUCAAGGAAGUGUUUGGGGAAUUGAAUAAGCGAUGGGAAUUUUGCGACAUUGAUUCACUAGAAAUGGGUAUAAUAAAUGUUGUGCAUGGUAUUGGUCUGAAUGAAGAACCCGUGCUCGUCGUCAAUCCAGUCAUCAGGGAAAUAAAAUUUCCAGAAGUAGCUGAACUUGCUAAGAAAAUCUAUAAUUUAUUGUCAAAACUGUUGCAGUCUGUGAAUUCUGUGGAAAUUGAACUCAUCGUUCGCGCAGUGAACUUUGGUAUUAAUGACAAGAAAACAAUGGAUGAGAAGUAUGCUCUGUUGUGGGAAGUACUCAGCGACUCUCAGUUUCAAGAUGUUUUUGUUGUUGAUGUUUUACGAAGACAAUAUGAAGAACCUGGCUUUGAUGUUAUGAUACGACUCAAUCCGAAUUUAAAUCUUCCCAGAAUAUUUGCUGAGUAA